AACUCGUCUAUUUUCCUUCUAAAAGAUCUGAUCGAAAUUUAGAGCCACUCAGAAAAUUCAAAGAUUCUCUCAGUUCCAUGGGGAAAACCUAGAUUCUUUUUCUUCUUUGUUCUUGCAAUUAUCAAUGGCUUCAAUAUCUACUUGUUUCACACUAACAAUCAAAAAUCAUCAUCAUUAUCAACAAAAAUCUGAUGUUUACAAGAAUUUCUCAUUAAAGCCAUUGAUUCUGGGGAAUAGUAGUAGUAAGAGAUUAGAAUUUAAAGAAUCAAGUUUCUUUCAGACUUCAUCAAUUCAAUUUAGGAGGAAUGUUGUUGAAAGAAGAGCUACUAGGGUUUCAGUAAUACCAAUUAGAGCAAAUAUAGAGUUUCCACUUGGGAUAAGUAGACCUGGGAAUAGUAUUGAAACUGAUAAAUUACCAAGUGAUGUAAGAAAAAGAGCUAUGGAUGCUGUUGAUUCAUUUGGAGGUAGAGUUACUGUUGGUGAUAUCUCUAGUAAAUCUGGUUUGAAGUUGGAUGAAGCUGAAAAGGCAUUACAAGCACUUGCUUCUGAUACUAAUGGAUUCCUGGAGGUAUCAGAUGAAGGGGACGUUCUUUAUGUUUUCCCCAGGGAUUAUCGCACAAAUCUUUUAGCCAAAUCUUUUAGGUUGAAAAUUGAACCUUGGUUUGAAAAGGGGAAGUCUGCAGCUGAAUAUGUAAUAAGGGUUUCGUUUGGGACGGCUCUUAUUGCUUCAAUUGUUAUCGUUUAUACCUCCAUCAUUGUUCUUCUAUCAAGCAGAAGUGAUGAAGAUAAUCGCGGAAGACGUCAAAAUAGAUCAUUCAAUCCAGGCUUCGGAUCUUUCUUCCGGCCAUCUGAUUUAUUCUGGUAUUGGGAUCCAUACUACUACAGGAGAAGACAACCAAGAACAGAUAAUGAUGGAAUGAACUUCGUUGAAUCUAUAUUCUCAUUUGUAUUUGGUGAUGGAGAUCCAAAUCAAGGACUCGAAGAACAGAGGUGGAAGUUGAUUGGACAAUACAUAGCUUCAAAUGGGGGUGUGGUCACGGCAGAAGAGCUUGCUCCAUAUCUUGAUGUACCACCAUUGGAAAAAUCUGAGAACGAUGAAUCAUACGUUCUACCGGUACUGCUGAAAUUUGAUGGUUAUCCAGAAGUAGAUGAAGAGGGUAGUAUUCUGUAUCGAUUUCCAACUCUGCAAAAAACCGCUUCUUCUAAGAGUAAAAGAGGUAAAAGUUGGAAUGAGUUUGUUGGUGGAGUUCAAAAAGUUUUCGAAGAGAAGAACUGGCCAUUCAGUAAUUCCGGGGGCACACAGAAGGCGUUGGCCAUAGGUUUGGGAGCUUUAAAUCUUUUUGGGGUCAUUGUUCUUGGAACUUUGUUAAAGGAUGCUACUGUUACAGCCAAAUCCAGUGAGAUUGUAUCAUUUGUCUCCGGAAUAUUUCCUUUGCUUCAGGUUUAUGCUGGCACUUUUUUUGCUAUUCCUCUGGUGCGGUGGUUCAUCCUUCGCAGAAAAAAUGCUGAAAUAGAUAAGAGAAAUCUGGCAAGAGAACAACGAGCUAGGUUACUUGAUUCUCCAGAUGCGUCACUGAGACGGAAGCUUUUGAGUGCUCGUGACAUGGCCAAGCAAACUGUCAUUGGAAGGGAUCGUAUUGUGUACAGCACGGAGAAGGACUUAAAUGGCCAAGACUACGAUGCCAAAGAAUGGGAUCGAAGAUUCAAGGAGCUCGAGAGAAGUGAUUGACUAGUUACAUCCAAAACCCAGGAACAUGCAUGAUGUCGAUCAAAAUUAUACAACAUGACAGGUAAAUGCCGGGACGGGCUUUAAAGAGUAUCGAUAUAUACGGGCUUGUAUUUUAUUCUCAGCCCAGGUGUCAAGAUAGAAAAACCCCAGCAAGGCCCAUUGUGUAACAUAAUUUAUUUUUCUUGUAGCAACAUAAAGAAAAAUACAUUGUAAAGAUAUGUUGGGAAAUGUGAGUCUCUAGAAAUCCAUAUUCAGCUGGUUGAGGAGAUUUUGUAUAACAGUCUCAAACUAGUGUACUUAUCUUUCAUACAAGUUUUUAUUUUCUACUCUUUAAAAAACAGGUUAAUC